UCUCUCUGUAUCCCGGUGCAUUGAGAAAAAAAGGAAACUGAGCGCAGUGAAAGCCGAGCAUUCAUUCACGGACCUUGUUGACUGGCGCUGCUGAAACCUGGAGGCUCAGAAGUGAUUCAGCAGAGCAAAGAGAGAGAGAGAGAGAAGCAGAGAGCAAAGAAAGAAAAGAAAGGAAAGAAGAGGAGGAAAGAGAGGAAGGAAAAAAGAAGAGGAGGAGAGCGAGAGCUGCGCGCUGCUUUGGAGCCGUUAUUUCACUGCUGAACAACACAACCAUGCAAACACAGAGGUUUUUUAUAAAAGUUCUCCCUGUCAGCUGAAACCUUCCUCUUCUAAACAACCGUCCAAACUCUGACUAACUCGGAUUUCAGUGGAUUUCGCGGAUGCAUCGCGCGCGCCGGACCUUUCCAGGGGUGUAGCAGCCGCGGUGCUUCUCGUGCGCCUUUGCGCUGGUGGAGGCUGUGUGUGUGUGUGUGUGUGUGUGUGUGUGUGUGUGUGUGUGUGUGUGUGUGAGAGAGAGUGACUGUGUGUGUGAGUGUGCGUGAGAGGUGGUGGAGGAUCAGCCGGAGUGGCCGACCAGUCAGAAGGAUGCUGGAGGGCAAUGCCUGCAGAAAGAGAGGAUGAGAUUUGUCGAAAGGCGCUGGAACUGCUGUCGGACCUGUGCUCCAGGGGAGAGGUGCAGGACGACAACUGCCUGGAUUUCAUCUACUACUUCAGGGACCUGGCCAGACCGCGCUACACCGACUCAGAUGUAUCGGUGAGCCUGUUGUCCCUGCUGGUGACCACCUGUGGUCUGGCUCUCUUCAGCGUCUCCCUCUUUGUCUCAUGGAAGCUGUGCUGGGUGCCACUGAGCGGCCGUUUCCUCCCGGAUGUCCUCAAAGGGGCGCACUUCCUGGGAGGAGACCAGCAGCCCGUGCUCACAGAGGUGGACGGGGAGGAAAGGGAGUACAGCGAGGAUGGCUGCGUGAAGGAGCCGUCAGGGCUGCCUUCGGCCGUGGCUGUCCCGGAGUCAACCCUAAAGAUAAGCCACACAUCGCCUGACAUCCCACUGGAGACCCAGACCAAGGUGGAGAAAAACCAGGUCCACACUCUGGCCAGGGACAGGGUCCAGAGACAGAUUACUGAGCCUACCUCGUCUGUACGACACAACUCCAUCCGUCGUCAGAUGAACUUGUCCAAUCCGGACUUCAACCCUGCUCAGUUCCAGCGCCAGGAGUCUCUGUCUGGUUUGGGCCGAAUCAAACCGGAACUUUACAAGCAGCGUUCGGUGGACGCUGAAGACGGGCGUCACACCGACAGCUGCGGGCGUCUCAAUUUCAUCCUCAAGUUUGACUUUGACCUUGAGCAGCUGAUUGUGAAGAUCCACAAGGCCCAGGACCUUCCCGCCAAGGACUUCUCAGGGACCUCCGAUCCUUACGUCAAGAUCUACCUACUGCCCGACCGCAAAACCAAGCACCAGACCAAGGUGCACCGCAAGACACUCAACCCAGUGUUCGAUGAGGUGUUUCUCUUUCCCGUGGCGUACGCUGAGCUGUCAGGCCGAAAGCUGCAUUUCAGCGUGUACGACUUUGACAGGUUCUCGCGCCAUGAUUUGAUUGGCCAAGUGGUGGUGGACAACUUCCUGGAUCUUGCCGACUUUCCCCGGGAGACAAAACUGUGCCGAGACAUACAAUAUGUAACCUCGGACAACGUGGACCUGGGAGAGCUGAUGUUCUCAUUGUGCUAUCUCCCCACGGCGGGCAGGCUCACCAUCACCAUGAUCAAAGCCAGAAAUCUCAAAGCCAUGGACAUCACUGGAGCCUCAGAUCCGUAUGUGAAAGUGUCCCUGAUGUGUGAAGGCCGGAGGCUGAAGAAGAGGAAGACGUCAACCAAGCGUAACACUCUGAACCCAGUGUACAAUGAGGCCAUUGUGUUUGAUGUUCCUCCUGAGAACAUCGACCAGAUCAGCCUGCUCAUAGCCGUCAUGGACUACGAUCGGGUUGGACAUAAUGAAGUGAUCGGAGUCUGCAGGGUGGGCAAUGAGGCUGAGAGUCUGGGACGAGACCACUGGAGUGAAAUGCUGACGUAUCCACGGAAACCCAUCGCACACUGGCACCCGCUCAUAGAGUGGGUCGGACAGGGAGCGACAGGGAGCGGAAGCCAAGGAGGAUCCACCAACUCACUGAAGACCCCACCAUCACCAUGACCGCACACACACACACACACACAAACACUGACACACACACACACACACACACACACACACACACACACAGAGCCUCGGAGUGGUAGAAUGAUGGAGGAUGGACUUGCAGAGUCCAACUGAGAGGCUAAGACGUAAAGUACAAGGUGUGACUAACAAGUGACUACAGUAGUAGUAGCAUCAGCUAUAAGCCAUUACUCAAACUGACGUGUCAUUAGAUUGAAUUAGGCUUUCGUGUGCUUAAGACUGCUGCAAAGGCUAAUCCCCACUUCUUACUUCCUCAUGUGUCUUCACAACAAAACAAAAAAAAAACACUUAACGACAUUCCAGCUGAACUACUACAGUACUUUCAUUCAUCAUUUUGAGUUGUAAUUGACAGUAUUAACAGGUUGAGAUGAUCUAACAGGUGAAGCUUUUAUAGCAAAUUUUGCAGUUUGUGGACCAAAAUCAUUCAUUUUGAAGUGAAUGUGUGAAGCUGUGACUUGUGAUUCGUGUGCGUGAUCAGCUAUCAUUGAUACAGUCAGAGUUAGACAGGCAUGGCUACGGGACUGGAAACGUUACGCGAGAGCGCGACCUGUUCAGAUCAACAAAGGUUCAGCUCUUUAGUUGUUGUGUUGGGACAUUGAAACCUCUCAUUGUCUAUAAGGUAUGUGGCCGAACACCAGGACAGGGGCGUGGAUAAAGGAGAUUUUCUCAGUGUAAACCUCAGUUUUACCGCUAUGGGUGACUUCCUUGCAGAACUCUUCCUGUAAUGAUGUAAACCGAAGAGGAAUCGCUCCAACAACGUGUAAAGCAGCUGACAGAUGGAACAUACAGUGUUUUAUUUACUGCAUGUUAAAUUGUCAUACUUUGUUAACGGGGUGUGGUCAAAAUAAAAGGAACAGUUGUUAUCAGAGUUGGUGGUGGCCAUGACGGGCCUGUUUUGGUUGUUGGUAAAAAAAAAAAAGAGCCAGUCCGCUGACCUCCUCCGAGGCAACAUCACUGCUAAUCUCUAUGACUGUUAAUGAUUCUCAGUGAUAUUCUGGGCCUUCUGGUUUGUUAUAACCUGGGUAUUAUUUUUGUAGUUUUGGCCAUUGUUCCUGCUGUGAUCACCAGACUGUACUCAGCUAAGUUAAUUUUUAGUUAGUUUGAGGAUAUUUGAUUGAACAUGGGAAUAUUUGCCCAUGUGAACACAAUAUCAGCUGUGAUACUUAAUGUCUUACAAUUAGAUUCUGAAACUACAAGACAGGGACAAAAUAUUUCCUUAUACCUCGGUUAACGAUGUAUUUAAAGCUGCAUUAAUUGACAUAUCUUUUCACGAUGACGUCUUGAGCCUUGCAUCGCUAACAUCCCUCUUAACAAACCAGUGGGAAAUCCCUCGUGCCUUUUUGAUGGGGGUUUUGUCAUGACAGAACGGCUCCCAUUUAAAAAAAACUAAAUUUGAAGUCGAUCACUCAGAAUCAUGUCGUCAAAUCGCGAUUAGUCUUUCUGUUACCAGGAAAUGAGUGACUGGAUUGAGUCUUCUCUGAAAACACACAAUAACGGGACCUAAUAUUCUCUUCUUUAACGGGGACCACACCCCGUGGUUUGUUUUAAUAAGCCAGUGUUUGUUUUUGGAAAAAUUGGGAUUAAUACCAGUAUUGUUUAUGUCUUUGUAUUGGACACUGUCACAAAUAACAAUGACGAUUUUCCUCUGUCCUUGUAGGUACAAUGCAUGCAUCAUGUUUCUGUGAGUCAUUUUUAAAUCUCUCUUUUGUUGUGAGAUACUAAUCAUAUUGUAAACACAAGAUGUAUUAUGAACCUACAGCAGACUGUGUUAACUGUCCCUUCAGAUGUUAUUAAUAAAUAUUUCUAUAUAUA